UCCAAACUUUUGACUGGUACUGUAUGUACACACACACACACUUACACACCACCAGAAGUGUGCUACUAAUACUUUUGAAUGGAAACAUUACUGCGUUUCAGAUUUACGUCAUAGACAGUGCAGACAGAAAAAGAUUUGAGGAGACGGGGCAGGAGCUGGCUGAGCUGUUGGAUGAGGAGAAGCUGAGUGGGGUUCCAGUGCUGAUAUUUGCCAACAAGCAGGACCUGCUGACGGCAGCCCCAGCCUCUGAGAUCGCUGAGGGACUUAACCUGCACACCAUCCGGGACCGCGUCUGGCAGAUCCAGUCCUGCUCUGCCCUCACCGGGGAGGGGGUACAGGACGGAAUGAACUGGCUCUGCAAGAGUGUCAAUGCUAAGAAGAAGUAGCACAGAUGUCUGUUUUCACACACCCCUGAGCCUUUGGGAGGACGGGGUGUACCUGUGAAUGUACACACUAAAUCAACAUGGACUUGAAGAGUUUUUAACCGCCUGGCUGGCCUCUACACAUUGUUUACUAAACUACAACUCUCGCUAGAACUACAACUUCCAUGUUGCUCUUCAAAAUGGAGUGGGGGUACAAAGGGAACUCAUCCCAGGAGACCAGAGACCCCCCUCCCCAGCCUAACCAUCCCACCUCCAACCCGUCCUAACCAUUCCACCUCCACUCCUUCAAGACAUUCCACCCCAGCCUACCCAU